CUCACUAUGCUAUAUAAGAAAGUCGAUUUACUUAAACAUCACAGAAAGAUAUUUGAGAUGCAUUCAAGCGACUCAGUAGUUGUGCUUACCUUGGUAAGCAUAUUUUUUGGAAAAGUUUCCUCUAUGGAAAGUUCACUUUUAAUAGACUACACAACGCGCCUUAUUAAGACAGAGCAAAGCAUAAUGUUUGCCUGUUCUGAGCAAGAUAUGUAUUUGAACGUUGUACAACUCAUGGCAGCCAAUCAAUUUGUUCAACCGGUCCACAUAAAUAGUUCAUAUGAUCUGCGAUCAGUUUUAACGAGAAACAACUAUGCGCGAACUUCUGUUAUUGUGGACACAACCUGUGAAGGGGCUUCGAAGCUGCUAAAAGAGGCUUCUGCGAAUAGAUAUUUCAAUAAAACAUAUCAGUGGCUACUGUGGGGCGUGGAUAUGAAUAUCAAUGAUUUGCUGCCGAUCGAGUUGGAUUAUGUUGGUCCAAAUGCACAACUUACCUACGUCAAUAAAACAAAAGACGAUUAUUGUCUUUGGGAUGUACAUUCUAAAGGUCGUCAACUGAAAUCACCACUGGAGUUGCAUUUGAUAGCAAGAGUAUCAACUGAGCCACAUAAAUUGGUUAUAUUUAAGGACAUAUACGAGCUGCAGGGCAUCAAAUAUCGCAAUCAAUUCAAUGGCUUAACUCUACGUGGCGCAAGUGUUAUCGAUCAGGAGGACAUUUUCACGAAUCAACAAAUCGAAGCAAUAUUAUCGAGGCCUACAAAGGAUUCAGGUGUGGCAGCGUUUAUCAAAUAUCACUAUGAGCUGUUGAGCUUGCUCAGAGAUCUCUUUAACUUCACCGUCAACUUUCGCAAUUCGAGAGGUUGGGCAGGCAGAUUGGGCAACACAACUUUCCGACUAGGUUUGUUGGGCAUUAUAAUGCGCAAUGAAGCAGAUAUUGCAGCAUCUGGUGCAUUUAAUCGUAUAAAUCGCUUUGCCGAGUUCGACACAAUACACCAGAGUUGGAAGUUUGAGACAGCUUUUCUGUUUCGAUUUACGCCCGAUUUGGAUACGCAUGGCAAAAGUGGAAACUUUCUAGCGCCCUUUAGCAGGCAGGUCUGGCUCUUCAUCUUAGCUACUUUGUUUGGAAUUAACAGCAUUUGGUUACUGCUUGAUUAUCUUGGUAAAAGAUGGCUUUCUCAAGCAAAACAAUGCAUAGAAGAGCGAAUUUUGAAUAUUAAGAAGACCAACAACAUAAAUUUGACGGCUGAAAAAUCAACUACAAAGUGUCAAGGCAACUGGACAGAACGUAUUCUACACACUUUUGGUGCUGUCUGCCAACAGGGAAUGGAACCAAUUCCCAGUGACAUGUCGUCGCGCUCCAUUGUCGUUACAGUUUUCCUAUUCUCGGUAGUUAUGUAUAACUAUUAUACGUCAUCUGUCGUUGGUGGAUUGCUUAGCUCUUCGGAUUUAGGACCAGCUACCGUAGCUGAAAUAACAUCUAGCCCACUUAAAGUAUCUUUUGAAGAUAUAGGAUAUUAUAAAGUAUUAUUUAAAGAAAGUGCCAAUCCGAUUGUGACACGUUUGAUAAGUAAAAAACUAUCUGCAUCUAGGGGUCCCAAUGAAAUGGGUGUUUAUGGUCACAUAGAGGAUGCUGUUCCAUAUCUCAAGAGCGGCGGAUUCGCAUUUCACUGCGAAGUCGUUGACGCAUAUCCUAUAAUAGCCGAAUUGUUCGACGCUAAUGAAAUUUGUGAUCUACGCGAAGUUUCUGGCCUUAUGGAAGUGGAAAUUUUGAAUUGGAUUGUCAAUAAGAAUAGUCAAUAUACCGAACUCUUUAGAACAGCUAUGUGUAAAGCGCGUGAAGUUGGUUUAGUUGAAAGGCUUCUACGACAACGGCAAAUGAAGAAACCGGAAUGUCAGUCCCUAUACACUGUCUAUCCAGUGACUAUAUCUGGUGUUUCGUCAGCAUUUCUUACACUGCUAAGUGGUGUCUUACUCGCUUUCUUUGCUUUAUGUCUGGAAAUAGCAUCGGUCAAAUGGAAAUUCCGAAGGUAGGAUUACAAAUGUUAUUUUGUUAAAUGUUGAGCUUGAUUAUUGCAAGAGGAAAAUUAAUACAUAAUUAUU